GGUUGUCGUGAAUAAACGGAAAGAAAACAACAUCGCCGUCCUCUAGCGAGGGUCCUCGUCGGAUCACACGACGGAAACUGUCCCAAAAACGCCCCCUAAACUUCUGACACAGCAGUUGUGCUGCUGCUGUUUUGUUAGUGGCGUCACUGUAAUUCAACUUGUAUUGAUUUUGGGAAAUAAGCAUGGAGGCCAAGUUAAAGAAAGAGUUGGGGACAGCCGUGCUGAAGUCAACUGGUCACUCAGGAGGUGGAUGUAUCAGCGACGGACAGAGUUAUGAUACUGACACCGGGAGAGUGUUUGUGAAGAUAAAUCACAAGAGCGAGGCCAAAUUGAUGUUUGAUGGUGAGAUGGCCAGUUUGGAAGCCAUUUCAAAGACAGAAACUGUUAAAGUCCCCAAGCCUGUGAAGGUGAUUGAACUUGACACAGGAGGAUGUGUGUUUGUGAUGGAACAUCUGGACAUGAGAGGCCUUAGCAAGUACUCGAAGCACCUAGGAGAACAGCUGGCAGAUCUGCAUCUUCACAACAAGAAGCAGUUGGAGAAAUUAAAGAAAGAGCAGCAGACAGUCGGAAAAGGAGCUGGACAGUCAGAGGUCCCUGCUGUUGAAAAAUUUGGCUUCAGUGUAACUACAUGUUGUGGAUAUCUACCACAGGAAAAUGAGUGGCAGGAUGACUGGGUGUCAUUUUACUCCAGGCAGAGGCUGCAGCACCAGCUUAACAUGGUGGAGAAAUCUUAUGGAGACAGGGAGGCCAGAGAACUAUGGGCAAAGCUACAGCUGAAGAUCCCUCAGUUCUUCACAGAUGUGGAGAUCGUCCCAGCUCUCCUCCACGGAGACUUGUGGGGAGGCAAUGUGGCACAGUGUGCGGACGGCCCAGUUAUCUUUGACCCAGCCUCUUUCUACGGCCAUUCAGAGUAUGAGCUGGGUAUUGCAGGGAUGUUCGGUGGCUUCAACAGCUCCUUUUACUCUGCUUACCAUGAAAAGAUUCCUAAAGCACCAGGCUUUGCAAAGAGAAACCAGCUGUACCAACUCUUCCACUAUCUGAAUCACUGGAACCACUUUGGUGGUGGCUACAGAGGCUCUUCAGUAAGCAUUAUGAAGACCCUGCUGAAAUAACUGCACUCACACUCACUUCAAGAAAGCUUCACAGUCUUAAACUUAAGCCAAGUAUUAUGUAUAUAAUGACAGAUGCUAAUUUGACCAAAACAGUGUUGUUGAAGAGACUAAACAUAACAUUAUAACAUCUUAAUUUAUAUUAUAUUGUGUUGACUACUACUACUAACAAAAUAAUUCUGCCCUGCCUGCUUGUUCUAUACAAACAUGGUUUCAAAACAAAGAUAUCAACUCUUUAUUUA